AAGUUGUAGUAGCAACACAGGCAACAACAGUAACGGCAAUGCAAGCACCCUAGUGGCAAUGUAGACAACCCAGUGGCAAUGAAGCACCGACGACAACACAAAACCAACGACAACGAUGAUCAAUCUGGAGAUGGAGAUGUUAUUAUUGUAUCCGCCAUCGCCAGAGGAGAUAAAGAGUACUGGAGUUUAGGUGGAGCUGGAAGAUGGAUCAAUAGAGGUAGGUAUUCAUUGUGGAUCUUUUAGAGAGAUAUGCGGCCAAGGGGCGGAGUGUUGUUGCUUGUAUGACAGGUGGAAACGAUGUAAUUGUGUUGGGAACAAACAAAGGGUGGGUUAUCAAAUAUGAUUUUGGGGUUGGAGAUUCAAAUGAUCUAUGCAAUAUUCAAAAUUUAUGCUAAUUUCAUUUUUUGGAGUUGAAACUAAUAUAAUAAACAUGCUUCCAUGUAUUUGCUUGUAAAGUAAGCUGAGCUUCAAAAAUUCAAUUUCUUGAACUUAGUGUUAUUGGGCUUGCCUUGAACCUGAUUCUUGAUUUGCUUCAAAUAAGAUAACCUUGUAACAUAUUUCAAAGUUAUCUAGCUGAGUGGAGGUGAGUAAGUGAUUACAAAGUUUAGUUGUAACAUGAUUGCCUCCAGCUUUUAUGACCUAGGGCUUGGCUUGAAAACGGCCCCAAUUAUCUAUUUACAACCUAGUAUUGGAUGGAAGCAUUUCUAAUUUUUCUUUUUCUUUGGAAAAUUUUGAUCUCUCUGUGGGCUAAAGUGGUGAGCAAUCCAUCCAUAGAGUUUUUGUUGAUCUUGGAAAUAGCUAUUGUAUUGCUACCGUUAUUGGUGGUGGAGUUGCUAAUACUUUUUAUACUCAUGCAAAGUGGAGUAAACCUUGUUUAUUGGGCAGAUUGAAAGGUUUAGUUGUGAAUGCUGUUGCUUGGAAUAAACAACAGAUAACAAAAGCAUCUACAAGGGAAGUUAUUCUUGGGACAGAAAAUGGCUAACUCUAUGAGUUGGUUGUGGAUGAGAAGGACAAGAAGGAAAAAUAAAUUAAGCCUUUAUUUGAAUUAACAGAAUUUCCAAAAGCUAUCAUGAGUUGCAGUGAGCUACAUUUCUCUAUGAAGCAACGAAGAGUUGUUCAUUUUGCAUGGCUUUAUGGGGUAGGUAUUUACCAUGGUGGCCUAAAUUUUGGGGCAUGGCUUAGGUAGAGAAUCAAACCCUACACCUUUUCUUUUGUUAAUCAUCUGUUAGUGGUCAUGCAUUGUUACUAGUUUUUCUUCUUUGUUUCACUCUCAAUCUUUGAAUGUGUAUUCGUAUUUUCUUAUUUUCAUUGCUACUGACCUUUUUUAAGUCUUUUAUUUGAUGUAGUUCUUGUAUUGAUCUUUAAUUAUGAUUUUUUUAUUUAGAAUAUUUCUGUAUAGUUCUCCAAAUAGUGAUCAAAACUUUGUGGAGAACAAAGCUUUGUUGGACUAUUCAAAGUUGUCUAAUGGUGCAGAAGUGGUCAAACCUAGUUUCAUGGUAGUGUCUGAGUUUCACUUCCUGCUUCUUAUUGGGAAUAAGGUUAAGGUGUGUUUAAUAAACUUAUUAUAUACUU